GACACACGCAAGAAAGAAAGCAAACCUGUUCCAGUGCAGAAACUCUACCAAGGUUAAUGUACCCAUCCUGAACAACAUGGAUCGACUCGGGGCUGAUCAUUGUGCUUUUAGCACGCGUCAUGCGCUCGUUCUGGCUCGCUGCUGCUCUGCCCCUCGUGGUGGCAGACUGGCAAUUCAAGUCUCGUUCUGAUCUCGCUCCGCCCAGAUUGAACAUCACCAUUCCCGCUGCCCCUGAUGUCGAGAAGGGAUACCUGUUCGUCGCGCCGUUUGCCGGAUUUCCUGACAAGGCGGGUGAAAUGCACGGCCCUCGACAGGCGGCUCCGUAUAUCCUCCGAGAUGACGGAGAGCUCGUUUGGUCGGGAUAUGGAUAUUAUUCUAUCUGGUCGACCAACUUCCAGAAAGCGCGCUGGAAGGGCAAAGAUGUGCUAUUUUCAUUUGAAGGCGAUCAUAACGCUGGUUAUGGUCAUGGCCAUGGCCAUACGACUAUCCUGGAUCAGCAUUAUGAAACUAUUCGGGAGCUGCGAGCGGGAAACCACAAAUUAACUGAUAAACAUGAAUUUCACGUCAUCAAUGAAGAGACCGCGCUCAUUCAGAUCUACCAGCCUGUUCCGGCGGACCUCACGCGGUGGGGAGCUGGUCCUGAGCAACAAUGGAUCGUGGACUCUCUGUUUCAGGAACUCGAUAUCGAGACUGGCGAGCUUCUGUUCGAAUGGUCCAGCAUAGAGCAUGUUGUUCCGGAUGAGGCAAUUCUCCCAAUCAACCCCGGCCAGGCCGGUUCCGGUUACAACUCCUCCGACGCGUGGGAUUAUUUUCACAUCAAUUCUGUCGAUAAGGAUUCCGACGGAAACUAUCUGAUCUCCGCCCGUGACGCUUGCUCAGUACACAAAAUCAACGGCACGACCGGCGAGAUUAUCUGGCGACUAGCCGGCAAGAAAUCAGACUUCACUCUCGGCCCGAACGCGGACUUCUGCUUCCAGCAUCACGCGCGCUUCGUUUCCCGGGACGGUGACAAAGAGGUGAUCUCUCUUUACGACAAUGCUGCCCAUGGGACUGAAGAUGGUCGCGGCCACGAAGUUCACACCCAUCCAUUCUCCCAGGGAAAGAUUCUUGAAGUUGACACGGCCACUUGGACUGCCUCCGUUGUUCAAGCGUUCCAGCCACCCGAUGGUCUCUUGUCCAAAUCACAGGGCAGCACCCAGCUCCUACCCAAUGGAAAUGUGAUUGUGAAUUGGGGGUCCGAGGGAGCGUUGACCGAGUUCCGGUCUGACGGAACCCCCAUUUUUCACGCUUAUAUGGAUUCUGGGUCCCUAGGAGAAGAGGUGGAAAACUAUCGGGGCUUCCGGUAUAACUGGACUGGUCUUCCUAAUGAGACACCCGCUCUUGUGUCGCUCGCUAACAACGAUGGCACUACCAUUUAUGUGUCGUGGAACGGAGAUACCGAGACCGAGGUUUGGAGGUUCUACAAUGUUGUAGAUGAGUACGGCUCGCGUGAAUUCUUGGGCGAGACCGAGCGGACUGGCUUCGAGACGUCCCUGGUGGUCAAUCACGUCAAGCUGGACACCGUCUCCGCCGAUGCUGUUGGUGCCAAUGGGCGUAUUUUGGUCUCUACUGGAAUUGCGAAGACAAAGACUGAGAUACUGCCUGCUAGCUCUCCUGCGUCGCAACUGGUGGUACAGGAUGUCGCCCAAUCUCAGGUUCAGCUGUCAGAACAGAGUAAUUGGGAGAAGUACAUGAUCUUGAAGAUCGGUCGAUUCUUUACCAGAUAAGCUGUUUGCUAUGACUGGGAAUAGGCUUGUACCGUUGUUUAGGGUGUCAUCCCUUAGAUUGCUAUCCUUGAUUAUCGUCAUUACCGUCCAUGCGAUUAUUGAAUAACUGUCAAUGACCGGGGGUAUUGAAGCUUAUUCCUUUCAGACUACCUAGUUCAGCUCAAAUCUCUUACAUACAUCAAACUAUCUAGUCCAACAAUUUCAGUAUCAAUAACUCCUGAUUAUAGCACCCUCGGGUCAAGAAUUCAUGGCCUCGACGGAGUGUUUGGAGAUCAGUCGUCGGCCAAGGCAAUGUCCCACUCGAUGGCAGAAACUUCGUAUAUCACAUAUUCAAUAGUGCCAUCCCCCCUGUUUGAUCAUUCCCGAACCUCACCUUACAAUUUCCAUCAACUUUGACGUUCAAAUAAACGUGACCUCGCCCCCGAGGCUUGUCUCCAGGAACAAGAAGAUCUCCAUUGUAAACCUGCGCAUUCUCCCCAACUUUCAUGUUGUAAUAUAAGUGGCCUUUCCCUUUCUUCUUCAGAGCUUCCUGAAAUUGCGGAUCGGUUGUGCUGACUAUAUCAUUCUUGGCUCCCCAUGGCGUAAUCUCACCCUCGCUCGAUCUUACCCCAGUGGAGUUUUCCUUCUCUGUAAUUGAAACCAAUUCUUCCAAUUUACUGAUCAUCUCUCCCAGAUCCUUCAGCAGUCCACAAAGAUAUGCGCGAUCGUAUAGGACCCAUGUAGCUUUUCUCAAGGUGCUAGUACCUUUCUGGCGCUGUUUAAUCGACAUCUCGCGAGUCUUCUGAUACAGGCUCAUGGUUUCGGAUCGGGUGGUGGUGCUUGUAUGCGCCAAAUGUGUCAUAUUUUUGGCUCUGUACCGAUUCGCCACCUUCUCGCUGUCCCGGAAUAAAUCCAAAACAAGGGUAAGGACCUCACGGGCGCGUCCUGUGUCGGUGCAUGAGUCGAGUGUAAGUUGAAUUUGCACAUAGUUGGGAUCGGCGAGAUUGAUGUGAACUUUCUCUCCCCACCGCGAGAGACGAAGUCGCUCAAGUUCUAAUUUAAGCAUGCUGUCUUCAUAAUCUCUGCCGAACUUACGCCCAAGCUAAAUGUAAUCGAAACAGUUCACGAAGGAAGUAAAGAUGCCCGGGAUUCCCGCAACCGCGAAUGUCACUGAUAAUGGGUCUGUCAUUGUGUGGGCAAAAAACUUAUUACCUGCA